AUGAGCAGAGAGGAGGCUGCAGGAUGGAGAGGGGAACCCGCCUGGUCCUAGGAGGGAGGUGGCUGGCCCUGGUGCCAUUUCUUCUUAUUACAGCUGCAGCCGGAGCAGCUCACAAAUCUGAUGCAGGUGGAGAUGCCGCGAUCACUCUCAUCAAUCACUCCUCCAUGGUCAUCCAGCGCCUGCAGGAGCUGCUGCAGAACGGCAAUGCCAGCGACAGCAUGCUACGCAUACGCACCAGCAGUUCGGAUGAGGUGAAGGUCAUCCACACCCAUAAGCUGCUGCUUAUCCUGCAGAGUGAUGUCUUUGAAGAAACAUUAGGGAACCAAAGUGUGGUGACCCUACAGGAGCGCCCAGAGUGCGCUGUUCUUUUUGAGAAAUUUAUAAGGUAUUUUUACAGUGGUGAGAUCACAAUCCAGUUAAAUCAAGCCAUACCGCUGCAUCGAUUGGCCAACAAGUACCACGUCUCGGCGCUACAGAAAGGCGUCACUGAUUAUAUGAAGACCCAUCUCGCCAGUGAGUCAACUCAAGGUCAUGUAGUGAGCUGGUACCACUACGCGGUAGGGAUUGGUGAUGAAACAUUGCAGGAAAGCUGCCUAAAGUUUUUGGCCUGGAACCUUUCCACCGUGAUCAGUAGCAAUGAAUGGGUGACCGUGAGCGACGACCUUAUGGUUUCUCUUCUUCAAAGAUCUGACUUGGUGUUGCAGAGCGAGGUAGAACUGUUUGCUGCAGUGGAAGGGUGGGUAAAUAGGAACAACCCAAACGUAUCCAUUAUUGAGAAGGUCCUGAGGUCUAUCCGGUACCCCAUGAUUACGCCAAGUCAACUUUUUCAAAUCCAGAAGCAGUCGAUGCUAUUGACAUCCUACCAAAGUUUCAUCCAAGAUCUGUUGUUCCAAGCCUUCCAGUUUCACUCUGCUUCCCCUCUUCAGCUUGCCAAGUAUUUUGAUGUGAACUGCAGUAUGUUCAUUCCUCGGAAUUAUCUAUCAUCGUCUUGGGGGUCCCAAUGGAUCAUCAACAACCCUGCCAGGGACGAUCGAAGCCUCAGCUUUCAGACUCAGCUAGGCCCAAGCAACUUUGACUCCAGUAAGAAGAUUACCUGGAAUGCACUCUUCUCUCCACGUUGGCUUCCCGUCAGUCUCCGUCCUGUCUACUCAGAGUCUGUGUCUAGUGCUUCUCAAUCAAACCGUCUGGAAGAGGGAAGGCCACGGCUGGUGGUCACUUCAGCCAUGAGUGGCCUAGAUUUUGCAGGCGUAACUUUCCAGAAAACUGUACUGGUUGGAGUGAGGAGACAGCAAGGCAAGGUGUUUGUGAAGCAUGUGUACAGUGUCCACCAGAGCACCGAUGAGGUAUCUGACUUCCUGGCCCAUGCCGAUCUGCAAAAACGGACAUCAGAGUAUCUGAUUGACAACUCCCUUCACCUCCAUAUUAUCAUCAAGCCAAUCUACCAUUCUCUCAUCAAGGCCAAGUGAUAGCCACGUUCUGUUGUAGUCAUCUCACCUUGGACUGUAAUGCUCAAUGCGGAACCUGGACAUUACCAUGAACACUCCAUUCUACAAAGACUGGAUGACCCUCCACUAUGGUUAGGACCUGCUGCCUAUCAAAACCCAAAACUCAACAAGUUCUGGGCCAGACCAAAAAACUUGUGAGGGUGUGUGGACCUUAAAGGGGUACUCUGCCCCUAGACAUCUUAUCCACUAUCCAAAGGAUAGGGGAUAAGAUGUCUGAUUGCGGGGGUCCCGCUGCUGGGGACCCCCACGAUCUCCAUGCUGCACUUGGCAUUCAUUUAGAACUUGGCAUUCAUUUAGAGCGUUGGGUUCAGUGUCGGAGGCUUGUGACGUCACGGCUGCGCUCCCUCAAUGCAAAUCUAUGGGAGGGGGCAUGCAUUUAGGGGGCAUGGCUGUGGCGUCAAAAGCGGGUGUGACCGUGACAUCAUGAGCCUCCGCCCCCGCAUCGCCAGUAAUCCGGCACGGAUCAAAGUUCGCUCCGUGCACCCCUGCGAUCAGGAAUCUUAUCCCCUAUCCGAAGGAUGGGAGAUAAGAUGUCUAGGGGCUGAAUACCCCUUUAAGACCAUACCAUUAAAGAUUGUUCUAGGUGGGAAGCUAUGGGCUGAGACCUCCAUUGAUUCUUAGGACAUCAAUGUUUCUACACGUUAUGAUCAUGGGGUUUAUAGCUCUAUUGCUUUCAAUAGGAUUCUCUCGAAGAGAGGUGGAGAACAUGGCUCACCAAUCUGGUCACAGAUAAUGUCUAAAGGCUCACAUACCCUUUAAGGAAAAUUUUGUAGACCAAUGGCCUCCUACCUAUUUCUCUUAAGCUGUUGCAAAACUAUAUCUCCCAACAUGACCUGUCAGCUUGUUAGUUGUAGUUUUGCAACAACGAAAAAGCCACAGGUUGGAAACCACUGGUGUAGACCAAAUUAUUUUUAGCAUUGUAUUGCUUUAAAGGGGUACCCAAUUGCUAGACAUCUUAUCCUCUACUCAAAAGAUAGAGGAGAAGAUGUCUGAUUGUGGGGUCCGGGCUGCUGGAUCUCCGUGCAGAUACUAUGUUCAGAACGCUGUGUUCGGGAGUACGCAGCGUCACACCCCCCCCCCCGCGUGAGGUCAUGCCACACCCCUCUAUUCAUGUCUAUGGGAGGGGGCGUGGCAGCUGUCACGCCCCCUCCCAUAGACAUGAAUGGAGGGGCACGGUGCGACGUCACGACCACAGACUCCUGAAUCCAGGGUCCUGAACAUAGUGUUUGGAAAUCUGGGGGUUUGCAUGGAGAUUGUGGGGGUCCUAGUGGCCAGAUAGGGGAUAAGAUGUCUAGCAACGGAGUACCCCUUUAAAUUACUUACCAGAGCUCUCUUUGCACAGACACUGAGCUAGUGUGAGAUCACACUGUUUCAAACUAUCACAAAAAGCUUGCUAAGCAAAGUAUUUAAAGGGGUUCUCCCUGGUAUCUUUGAAGUGGAUAUGCAAUACCACACACAACCUGUGGACAGGUGUGGCGCUGUUUUUUUUGUUAAGAUGUAGUCUUGGGCAAUGACUUUGAUAACCUAAACUUAAAGGGGUACUCUGCCCCUAGACCUCUUAUCCCCUAUCCAAAGGAAAGGGGACAAGAUGUCUGAUCGCGGGGGUCAUGCCACUGGGGAUCCCCGCGAUCUCUGCUGUGGCACCCCAGACAUACGGUGCACGGAACGAACUUCGCUCCGUGCUGGAUGACUGGCGAUGUGGGGCGGAGGCUUGUGACAUUAUGGUCAUGUCCCGCUAGUGACGUCAUGGCCAUGCCCCCUCCCAUUGACCUGCAUUGAGGGGGCAUGCCCGCAAGGCACAAAUGGGGCACAGCCGUGAGGUCACCAGCCUCUGGCCCUGCACCUGAUGCUCUAAACGAAUGCUGGGUGCAGCAGGGAGAUCGCUGGGGGCCCCAGCAGCAGGACCCCCGCGAUCAGACAUCUUAUCCCCCAUCCUUUGUAUAGGGGAUAAGAUGUCUAGAGGCGGAGUACCCCUUUAAGUUAGGUUAUCAAAGAUGUUGCCCAAGACUACGUCUUAACAUAAAACAGUGCCACACCUGGUCCACAGGUUGUGUGUGGUAUUGCAUAUCCGCUUCAUUCACAUUAGUGAACCGCAAUACCUGACACAACCCUUAGACAGGUGUUUGACUGGAAGAUAGCCGCCAUGUUUUUUUCUAAUCCUUGACCACCUGUUUAAGUAAAUAGUCUUGAAAAGGAAAAAAAAUAAAACAAUGUUCAUUUCAGUGAUUCAGUAACUGAGAUUAUUUUAUUCCAAUUUAAUUUAUAAAAAAGACAAUGAACAAAAAGAAUCAGUACAAAGUUCUCAUCCAGACACUGAAGAAAAACCUAUUGGAACCCUUAUUCCCCCUCCAACCAGAGAGGACAAUCGAAGCGCGAGCACUGUAAGGAUGCUCUAUCUUGGACAAUAUAGAUCCUGGUUGUGGUUUUUCAGUGGUUUAUCAUUAAACACAUUUUACAACGGUU